UUUUGUGAAUUAUCUGGAUGAUUUUUCCUUCGUAUUAUGAUAUGUAUUCACAUUAUACAUACAUACAUAAUUAAAGAAAAAUCAGAAAAUAUGGGUUCGUAUUGGAAUAGAUGAAUCUUUGUUAUAUGAAAAAAAAUGGGGUUUGGCACAGAUUUCACUAUAUGGCCAUAUCGGACAUAAGGCAGAGAUACAUGCUCCUUCCAGUUGACCGAGACAUGCUGAGAGGCCGAAUCCUGGCUUAUAAAGAGACAGUAAAACUUGUUGAUCCUGUGGAGCGUUGGUAUAAAGGCGAGGUGGAUGAUAAGGACGAAUACUCAGAUGAUAGCAUAGUAGCAUAUACAUCAAAGUACAUGGCUGGAUAGCCACAGACAACCCAUCUAUUAGUUUUUGGCAAAUUGCACCCAGCAAUGAGUUCCAAUCUGGUGGACCCCAAAACAAGAACUUACCUUCCAUGUCGGCCCCACCUGCCUCACUGUGGUGAUGGAUAACGGCAUUGUUGAGGUCACCUUGGCAAAUCCAGGAGGGUUUGUUACUGGAAUAAAAUACAAUGGCAUUGACAAUUUGCUUGAACUUGAAAAUCAAGAAUCUAAUAGAGGGUACUGGGACGUGGUAGGAACUGCAGGACUGGAGAGCGUCAAAGGGUCAUUGUUCAAGGUGAUCGUGCAAGACGAGGGACGAGUAGAAGUCUCCUUCAUCAGAAGCUGGGAUCAAUCCCUUCAGGGCAGGCUUGUUCCUGUGAGCAUUGAUUUAAGGUAUGUUAUGCUCAAGGAUUCAUCGGGGUUCUACUCCUACGCCAUUUUCGACCACCUGAAGCAAUGGCCUUCUUUCUGGAUUUCACAAAUCAGGCUUGUAUUCAAGCCCAGACAGGACAAAUUUCACUAUAUGGCAAUAUCAGACAAAAUGCAGCGGUACAUGCCAACUGCUGCUGACCGAGACCCACCGAGAGGCCAGGCCCUCGACUAUAAAGAAGCAGUACUACUUGUGAAUCCUGUGGAUCCUCAAUUUAAAGGAGAGGUGGAUGAUAAGUAUGAAUAUUCAGUGGAAAGCAAAGACAUUAAGGUGCAUGGGUGGGUAGUCACAGACACGCCAUCAGUUGGGUUCUGGCAAAUUACACCCAGCAAUGAGUUCAGAUCAGGUGGACCCAACAAACAAGAACUUACCUCCCAUGUUGGCCCUACCUGCCUCACAGACUUUCUGAGCAGUCACUAUGUGGGAGGAGAGUAUAUAACACUACAAGUUGCGGCCAACGAACCAUGGAAUAAAGUAUAUGGUCCUGUUUUUAUAUAUCUUAAUUCUGGACCUGCUGGAGGUACCCCAUCUCAGCUUUGGGAGGAUGCUGGCAGACAGAUGCAAACUGAAGUUCAAAACUGGCCCUACGGUUUUCCAGCUUCAGAAGAUUUUCCAAAAUUAAAUCAAAGAGGCAGCAUCGACGGUAGAUUACAAGUUCGAGAUAGAUAUGCAAGAAAUGUAGAAGUACCUGCUAGCAAUGCUUAUGUGGGGUUGGCACUUCCUGGAGCUGCUGGUUCUUGGCAAACAGAGAGCAAGGGCUAUCAAUUCUGGACAACAACAGAUGAGAACGGAGACUUCUCCAUUAAGAGUGUAAGGCCUGGAAACUAUAAUCUAUAUGCAUGGGUACCUGGCUUCAUUGGAGAUUACAAGUACGAUACUGUCAUCAACAUAACUCCAGGCUCAAAUGUACAAGUUAAUAAUCUUGUAUAUGAACCUUUGAGGGAUGGUCCCACAUUGUGGGAGAUAGGCAUCCCUGAUCGAUCUGUGGAAGAGUUUUACAUUCCUGAUCCUGGACCCAAUUAUAUCAACAAACUUUAUGUCAAUGAUGCUGCUGACAGGUUCAGACAAUAUGGAUUAUGGGAAAAAUAUGCAGAGUUAUAUCCUCGAGGAGAUAUGGUCUUCACUGUUGGCACUAGUGACUACAGAAAAGAUUGGUUCUACGCUCAAGUUACCAGGAAGAUCUCUGCUAACAAAUUUCAAGGAACUACAUGGCAAAUCAAGUUCAAACUUGCCCAAGUAGAUGAUAGAAAAACCUACAAACUGAGAGUGGCAAUUGCAGGUGCGGAAUUAUCUCAUUUGCAGGUUCGGGUAAACAAUCCGAAUGGAACACCCGUGUUUUCAAGUGGACUAUUUGGGAGGGACAAUUCGAUCGCAAGACAUGGGAUUCAUGGACUUUACUUCCUGUUCAACAUUGAUGUCCCUGGUGCUCAGCUUGUGGUAGGGGAUAAUACCAUUUUUCUGACACAACCAAGCAGCAAUGGUGCUUUCCAAGGGAUCAUGUAUGACUAUAUUCGUUUAGAAGGACCUCCAUUGUAGGAUAGAUAUAACAGACUUUCUUGAGAAAAGAAGUUAUAAAUUCGUUAUGUGAUGCAUUGAUCCUUUAUUUCUUGUGGAACUUCACAUUACUCACUAAUCUAAUGUAAUUUUGUUUUUUCAGUAACUUAUAAUGACUUCAUACAAGC